CAGGUUUCCCCUUCAAGAAGCAAGAGAAACACGAUGAUGAAGAACCUUGUGAAGAAGCCCUCUAUGGGAUUCGGGGGUGUUCCGCCAGAGGACCAGGCAAGCAAUGACUGAUAGCUGUCACACUGCCAGUCAUUCACUCAUUCACUCAUUUUGUUGUCUUCGCUCCCCCUGCACUGACGCAGGAGCACGACAGCGAUGACGAGCAGCAGCUGGGUGCCUUCUUGCCGCCCAGCGCUCAUUACCAGCUCCACCAGGGAGAACAACAGGAGUUAGAGGAGCGACGCGCCCUCGCCCUUCGCCAGGAGCAGGAAAAGGCGUCACAAGAGGUGAGUGAGUGUGAGUGCAGCACAGCAGAGCAGACUUGCACGACAUACACGAGAGAGAGUCGGGCAGGGCAGCAAUCCAGCUAGGCCAGGCAGCCCGCAGUUGUGACUGAGUGAGGCAGGUAAGAUCAGUGCAUGUGGUGCGGUGCGGUGCGUGAAUGAAUGCAGGAGGCAGCGAGGAUGAAGGACCGACAGGAGGCGACAGAGAAGCAGCUCAGGGCAGCACGGUACGGUCAGGCAACCACCUGGCAGCCGAUAGAGAACCCACACAGUCACUCCACUCACUCAUUCCAUGUCUACCUCGUUGUGUGUGUCACCAGGUUGCACGAGCGGCAUCUCAAGAGCAAGAUCAGCCGCCAGGCUGAGGAUAUCCUCGACAAGACGACGGAGAUAGACGAGCUACGCAAACGCGCCAACAAGAGAACAAGGUACCCAGCCCAGCCCCUCCCCCCCUCCCCCCCCGCCAACCCCACGCCAAUCACCUGUUGCCUGUGUGUGUGCGCCUGUGGCCCACCUGCUGGUUUGGUGGCUUCAGCGAUGAUACGAGGCCGGGGCGGUUGGCAGGCGUUUUGAUGGCCUCACCACACCGCCUGCAGCCACUCAGCGGUACGCAUCGCGCUCUCACCGAUUCUGUCACCUUUUAUCUGACUGUCUGUGUGUUGGUCAAUCAGAUAGCCGGCACCGCCAGAUGGACGACGUCAAUGACAAGGAAGAUUUCGAGGACGUAGGCACGGCACUCCACGGCAGGGCGCACACACACUUCCACUCUUACCGGCGUGUACGGUCAGGUGCAUUUUCUCCCCCACCCUGUGCACCACAACCGCCACCAGCGGAGCCCCUCGCUGCCCCCGCCAGCCCUUCCCAAACUCAACCUCAAAGAGGUCCACGAGGUAGGCACACAGACCGGCACUCGUCCUCACAUCCACACAGUCGUCAGUGUGUGUGUGUGUGUGUUGUGGUCUCAGGAACGUGAUCGCAACUACCCGCCAGACCAAGUGGCAGCAGCCGCAGCCGCAGCGCCCGGUGUUGACGCUGCAGGCAAGGGAGGCAGCAGCAGUGCCAGCAGUGCGAGUGACGAUGACGAGUGGUGCCGCGAUAUGGCCGCAGUGGCAGCCCCCACCACACACAAACGGCAGGACACGGACAGACAGGUGCGCGCCACACUGUGACGCACACACAGAACUGAGGGAAAGAUAUCGACUGCACCUCUCUCUCUCUCUCUCUGUGGGUAUGUGUGGUGUGUUGUCUGCAGGAGAGCGAUGACGAUGAUUUCGACGCAGACAACCGCCUCAUGGGCGAGAGCACGGCGCGGUACUACAUGAGGAAGUACGACGACGUCAAGAACCGAUACGAUGCCAUCAAAGACAUGUACCACCACCAAGAGAAGACGAUAGCGGAGCUGAGGUCGCACCUUGCAGCUGCGGGUGAUAACAAGGUCAGUGAGAGACUGAGUGAGGAACACAUGUGUGUAUAGGCGCACAAAUGCACAUCGGCGUGAUGUGUUGUGCUGUGCUGUGUUGUGUGUAGACCAAGCUGCUGGCUGACAAGGAUGCGGCGGCUGCCAAGGCGGCCGAUGAGUGGUUCAAAAUGGAGCACGUCCUCCGCACCACCAUCGGCAAACAGCAGCGGGAGCUGGUCAGUGAGGGCCUACGUGUCCUCCACCAACAGAGGCCCACUGAUGAAGGGUGUCUGAUUGUGUGUCUGUAUGCAGGACAUGGUCAAUGCAAAACUCCAGGAAGCCGAGAGAACCAAGGCCACUGAUGCGGUUAGUCAGCACAGCCACACACCAUCCAAUCCAGUCACGGGCUCUCCUCCUCACUCCACUGAUGUCAGGUACAGGAGCCGUCUGCUGGGGAUCGCGUCGCCAAGGAUCAGUACGACGAGUUGCAGGCCCGGCUGGACGAGCUUCAGGAGAAAUACAGCCAGCUGAUGGAAGAGGCGGUGAGGUAGCCACACAGAAGCACCCUUCCAAUAUUGGCACACUGAUGCCUGUGGGGUCUUGUGUGUCAUGGCUGCCUGCCUCACCCAGGAGCGUCUCAAGAAGGUCGCCGCCGCCAAUGUGGACAAAUUGGCUGUGGCUGGUGGGGAGACCGACGUGCCCACAGGUGAGGAGGGGAGGGAGGAGGUGGGCGACACGCACACGCACACCACACCGACAGAGAGACAGAGACAGAUGUUCAUUCCCUAUGUGUGUGUGGGGGUGUGUGUGUGCAUCUGUGUAGACGGUGAUUUGGCGCGUCUUUUGUCCGGUUGCGAUUUGCCGCCCGAGGUGACGGCCGCCGUCCACAGAGUUGACCAAACACUCGACGGAGAAGUGGUGAGAUGGGGCGGGGCGUGGGCAUACACACCACGAACUCACAUCACCCUACAGUCGUCACACGGUCAUUGUGGGGUGUGUUCCUCGUGUUGCCAUUCCAUCCAUCCAUCAGGUACGUGCGGACCGUUUGGCUCGCGAGGCCACGAGCCUGCGCAAGAUGGCCGAGCAGAAGGAAGAAGUCAACGUGUAAGCUGACAUCACAGCAAGCCAGAUCACACAUAACAACCUCUUCCACGCGCUCUUUGUGUUGUCUGGUGUGGUGUGUCGGUGUGCAGCACCGACGAGGCCAGGCAGGAGGCAAUUCGCCACAGCCACGACGAUGAACAGGACCGAAGGCUGCAGCAGGUGAGUCCGUCCGUCAUAUGCCGAGAAGACCACUUUCGUCACUUUCACUCUCCCCCUCCCUCCGUCCCCUAUGUGUGUGUAGAUUGCAAAGCUGCAGAGGGAGAGGGACGGUCUGCAGCGGGAGAAGGAACGGCUCGAACGUACGGAAGAGUACACAAUGGACAAUCGACGGAUGGCAUUCUGCCCACACACAUUGUGUGUAUCUGAUGCGCGCACCGCACGGAUGGAUGGAUGCAGAGGACAAGGCACAGUUGGUGAGUGUCCUUCGGGCGUACCAACAGCACCUCAAGGCUGCUGGCGGUGUCCCAGUGGCAGGGGCUGCCCGACUGCUCAGCCACAAAUCGCAGAUCCAGGUACGGUACGGUACGGUACGUGGGGCAGACAGACAGAUAUCAUAAACACACGAGACACUCACUCACCCACCCAUAUGUGGGCGUGUAUGGGUGCCCUCGGUGUUUCUGCAUCCAUCCACCAGGGCCGUGCCAUGCGUGGGGGCGCCAGCAGAGGCGAAGGCCGGUGGCCAUCGGCUGGCGUAUCGCAUUUUACUAACGGCAGGAGACAGCAGCAGGUGUGCAGGCAGAACUCACAAACAUACACAAACAAAGACAGACCCCCGAUCUCCCUGCCUGUCUGUGUGUAUGUGUGUCUGUGUGUCUGUGUGUGUAUGUCAGACACAUUCGACUAGUGGUGGCCGCGGUGCGAGCAUUGGGGCGGUCAAACUGGGGCACAAGGCCCCCCCUGCUGCUGCCAUCUCCACUGGCCCUGGCGCCAGGGUGGCCUCACAUGCAGACGUCGUCGGCGUCGACGGCCGCAUCGCCACGCCCCCCACAGACGUCAGGGUACACGCCAGGAAACAGCGAUCGGACACAGCUAGUGCAGGUGGUCGGCGAAAGUGGCCCUCGCCACCCCAGACGGCCAAUGGUCCACCUGGUGGUGUUGAGAGAAGUCAUGGCGGCGAGACUGCCGCAAUGAUCGGACCAGGGGUCGGCAUCCGCACAGGAGGUGAGAGAGAGAGAGAGAGAGAGAGGGAGGGGGAGGGAGAGGGAGGAGGACCAACACGCGGUAUGACACAUAUUCGUGUGUGUGUCACUCGUUGAUUGAUGUGUGCAGGCGGCAGCGGUGACCCUUUUGCUGCCCUGGCCGGCAUGAUAGGGGCAUCCGGCACCAAAGCCCCCCGCCCCUUCACCGCCCUAACAGCAUCGGACGCCCCCAAGACACUCGCAGUCACACAAGACCACCGUCAGAAGACCGCCCCAGCGCUCAAGAAAGCCGAGCAGCCGAGGCUGUCGAUUGUCAUGACCCGCAUCGCUAACGAGCCGCCCUCAUUUGACGUGGCCAAGACGCGCCUGCCGGUGGUGGGGGAGGGAGUGGUCGAUACAUCCGAGCGGCACACACCCAAGCAAGAAGAGCAGCCUGAUGACCACCUGAAGAGCGCCCCGAUGGUCAAGAAAGCCGAGCGGCCGAAGCUGUCUAUUGUCAUGACCCGCAUCGCCAACGAGCCGCCCUCAUUUGACGUGGCCAAGACGCGCCUGCCAGUGGUGGGAGAGGGAGUGGGCAUCGACAUAGAGGCCGACAGGGUGGGGGCUCGGCUGUGGAAUGGCAAGGGCAUCCCGCCUGUCGUCCACCACUCGUUUGCCGAGCACCACAGGCACCACCCCAAGUGCGGCCCGCUGACGCCCGCCAACGCACUCAUUCUCAAGCUGCAACAGGCCCAGACUCAAGGGAAAGCGGACACCAACAAACGUAAGCACGCAAUCGCAGCUAGAGGGAAAAACGCGGUAUCGAUGGAUCCCAUCUGUCUCUGUGGGUGUUGUGUGUGACAGGUGCUGUUGGUGUGAUCAUGAGCGGCCAGCCGCUGUCGCCGCCCCUUCUCCAUGCCAAAGCCCAUGCCGCAUCGGCCACCAUGCCGCGGCGCAUCCCCGAUCUCCGCCUCCCCGCCACCAUCUCGGCACAGUCCCGUCAGCAUGGCCAUCGCCAGCAGCAGCAGCGAUACAUCCAACCACCCUUGCCGGAGCCGCCCCCUGCCAUGGCCUUUGCACCUCCGCCGCCCUAUGCGACGAUCGGCCAGCCCUUGUUCUAUGCGCUGCGCCACACCCACCUCACAUCAUGAUGAUGGCCACUCACAAGGGAAGCCCCACCGGUCGGUGAGUCGAGUCAAGUGGAGACCUCUAGGCGGCUGUAGGGUAGGCUGGCAGGGCCUGGGUAGGAGAGGACGCUGGCGGCUGUGAUGAGUGGCGAUUUAUGGCGGUCGGUUGUUGUGUUGUGUUGAUAUGAUACGUGAAUGGCUGGUUGUGCGUAUGUGGACCGCAUGGAUACGUUGAUCGUGCAUGGGCUGCAUGACAUGACGUUGUCCUUCGCCUGAGAGACUGAGAACGUUAGAUCAAGAUCGUAUCGUCGCAUUAAUCCCUCCCUGUGUGUGAGAGGACCACUGGUGGCCGACACUUUGACAUCUGUAUACGUACAGCCAUUUAUGUAUACGGACCAUGCCAACCAACUCAUUAUUGCCCUGUGUCUGUCCGAAUGCAUGGGUGGGUGUCACUGAUCAUUAUUGUGUGUGUAUGAGUGUGUGAGUGUGUGGAUGGACACACGGGUUACGGUUGAAUGAGACAGAGGGACAUCUUGAUACCACGGGAAUCAACACCAGCG